AUGACGCAUGCAAAGCCGACUUUUUGCCUUCGCUUACUAGUGCUGUUUGUUAUAAUGAAAGAGAUCACUUCUCGCGUGGAGUUCACUAACAUCAAGUGUAGGUCGCUGGAUAAGGACAUGGCUGAGUUUGAAUACUGCACUUUGAAGGCCAUAAAUCGUACCUACAAAUACACUUCGGGCAAGCUCAAAUUGUAUAAAAUCCCUAUAAACAAAAUCAAGGUUAACUUUGGACUGUUCAAACGAUUUAAUGGGUACAAACCCUUCCUAUACAACCAAACCGUGGAUGCUUGCUAUUUCCUAAACCAUCAAAAGUCCAAUCCUGUCGCAAAGUAUUUUUUCGACAUAGUUAGGGGGAUUACGAACGUAAAUCAUUCCUGUCCUUUUAAUCACGAUAUUGUUGUUGAAAGACUUUCCACCGAGAUAGUAAACCACCACCUAACGAAAGUGCUUGCCUACCCAGAUGGGGAUUAUAUGUUAGAGACACGAUGGAUAUUCAAUGACAAACCAUCCGGAGUGAUUCAAGUCUAUGUGACUCUUUCUUAAUAAACAA